UGACAUCAUGGCAGGAAAAAUAGUUUUUGCAGCUCCUUCUAAGCCCCUAGUUUUGCAACAGAUUGAAGCAUGCCAUAACAUUGGUUGUUGGGUAAGGUACUGGGUAGGGAUUUUGUUUCUUACUUUGGGGAUUGCACCUGAUUUUGGGUUUGGUUUUGGGUUAGGUUCUAGGUUGACUUUUAACUUUAGUGUUUGACAAUCAAAUUUGCGUUAGGUUUGCGGGUCCAAUCCGUUGGAUUUUAAUUUUUAGGUCAGACUCUAGGUCGUGUUUUGAGUUAAGGCAAUUGCGUUUUACUGUCUUGUUUUUUGUUGUAGUUCUAAAUACUAUCAAAUUGUAUGAGCAGCAGGACAGAUUUACUUCAACGACAGACAACAUAGUAUACAACGAAAUCCUACAACACAAACGAGAGUGUGGACUUGAAGUGCAAGCUGUAGGGAUAUGGCUUUCAGGGUAGCCACACUAUGGAGCUGCUGGGACAACGGAAAAAACGUAGGACCCACAUCCGGCUUCCAUAACUUUGCUCACGCCAUUGCACAACCAAUUCCAAUGGACAGCAUCAUCUUCGGCAAUCCCAUAGCGCCAAUAAAGGCCCAAUCUGCAAAUCAGGAAAGGAUUGAAGGGAACAUUGCUUACAGAUUCCAAGAUAUAACUUUCUUCAAUGGGUCUAUGGAACUAAUGGCCGUCCCUAAAAAGAAGCUUCAUCCUCUAACAACUUCCUUAACAUGACAAUUACUUUUGAACACGCUGAAAGUACCAUUACAUAACCUUUUCAAAUUGCUAAAGCAGGUUACUCGUCACAAGAGUUACUCCAAAGCUAUUGCCAAUGAAUCGCAGGUUACUCGUCACAAGAGGGGGGAUACGAAAUGGACCAAACGCAUUGAAACCUCAACCUGGCUGCACGUAAGUACUUUCAAUAUCUCAUUGCACCCAAACUUGAAUGCCCCCUUCCAUAAAAAAGAACGACAAUCCCAGUAAAACCCCACGAAAGUAGGGUUUGGAGAGGGUGAUAUGUAUCCAAAACUCACCCCUACUUGGAAGUAUGCCUAUAAACUCUCAAACACAUU